GGUAGGAGGUAGAGGCUUGAAGUGUGUCUUGGGAAAGGGCUGGAGAGGCGGAGGCCUCUUUGGCACGAGAGGAGUCCACGGAGGCAGCCUCCUGACGUGACCUGAAGUGGCCAGCAUCCAGUAGCGCCGCGCAGGCAGCCCAGAAAAUGGGGAGCCGCAGCCUGGGCUUGCCAGGCCCCGUACUCUUCCUUCUGCUGGUCCUGCCACCUCCACUGCUGAGAGCCAGAAGCUUCCUGCACACCAUCCAUGCCUCCAGAGACUUGAAUGACCCUGGUCAGAGCAGGAAAAGCCACCACCACCACCUCCAACGAUAUGGGAAAGUCCUCCAGUCCAACAGCGGCCCGAGCCACUAUUCCCAGGAGACCCAGGCAGAAGAGUCGAAAACCUGCCAGAGCGAAUUGGAUCUUUACUUCGUCUUGGACAAGUCGGGCAGUGUGAACAACAACUGGAUGGACAUUUACAACAUGGUGGAAGAUGUGGUCAAGAAGUUUGAUAACCCAAAAGUGCGGAUAUCUUUCAUCACCUACUCCACAGAUGGCCACACCCUCAUGAAAAUCACAUCAGACAAGUAA